AUGAAGUGGAUGGUGGUGACCAUGGUCAGCCUCCAGCUCUUGGUGGCACCCCACAAGGUUUGGGCAGUCCCCCUGAGGAAAUUAGAGCCCAUCCGUGAGACCAUGAAAGAGAAGGGCUUAGUGGGGGAGUUCCUGAGGACCCACAAGAAUGACCCUACCCAGAAGUACCACUUCGGCAACCUCGGUGUGGUCUACGAACCCCUGGCCUACCUGGAUAGUCUGUACCUUGGGGAAAUCGCCAUCGGGACCCCACCACAAAACUUCCUGGUCCUUUUUGAUACCGGCUCCUCCAGCCUGUGGGUGCCCUCGGUCCAGUGCCAGAGCCAGGCCUGUGCCGGGCGCUCCUGCUUCAACCCCAAUGUGUCCUCGACUUACUCCAGCAACCGGCAGACCUCCUCUGUGCAGUAUGGCAGUGGCAGCCUCAGCAGUAUGAGUGGAGUUACACUUGUCACCUCCCAUCCCCUGUGUCCCUUCCAGGUGCAGAGCAUCCAGGUCCCCAACCAGCAGUUUGGCCUGAGUGAGCAUGAGCCAAAUCCUUAUUUCCUCCGGCUAAAGUUUGAUGGCAUCACGGGCCUAGCCUACCCGGCCCUGGCUGAGGGUAGGAGCACCACGGCCCUGCAGGGCAUGCUGCAGGCAGGCCUGCUCUCCAGCCCGGUCUUCAGCUUCUACCUAGGCAGAGAUAUGAGCUCUCAGAACGAAGCAGUUCUCAUAUUCGGAGGGAUAGAGCACAGCCUGCGCAGGGGGCCAAUCUACUGGGCCCCCGUAACCCAGGAGCGCUACUGGUAGAUCGGCCUGGAGGAGUUCCUCACUGGCGGCCACGCUACAGGCUGGUGCUCCCAGGGCUGCCAGGCCAUUGUGGACACAGGCACUUCUCUGCUCACCAUACCCCAGCAGUACCUGAGCGCCCUUUUGCAGGCUACAGGGGCCCAGGUGGACCAGUAUGGACAGCUUAUCGUGGACUGUAACAACAUCCAGAACCUGCCCACAUUGACCUUCCUCAUCAGUCGUGUGCAUUUCUCCCUGCCCGACCACUCCUACAUCUUCACAGGCAAUGGCAUUUGCACCAUUGGGGUCCAGGCCACCUACCUGCCCUCCAGCAGUGGCCAGCCCCUGUGGAUCCUCGGGGGCAUCUUCCUCAGGUCCUCCUAUUCCAUCUUCGACAUUGGCAACAACAGGGUGGGCUUUGCCACUGCCACCUAG